UUGUUGCGAUUAGUUUUGCCUUGGCGCGCAACGGUUGGCUUGACUAAGCUACGCAAGCGCAGAUCUUUCUCAGCAGUACUCGUGUGAUCAUGGCGACUCCGGCCAAAGUAAGCAAAGCGGAGGGGAAAAAUAAUCAUGAAAAUGCAGAUGAGCAAGCUGACAAAGAGCAGCAAGAGGCAAUAGAGCAGAUAGAUGAAGUUCAAAACGAAAUAGACCGGCUAAAUGAGCAAGCAAGCGAGGAAAUACUGAAAGUAGAACAGAAAUAUAAUAAACUACGUCAACCAUAUUUUCAAAAGCGCUCAGAACUCAUUGCAAAAAUCCCUAAUUUCUGGGUGACAGCUUUUGUAAACCAUCCGCAAGUCUCUGCUCUGUUAAACGAAGAGGAUGAAGAAGCCUUACAAUACCUCACAAAGGUGGAGGUUCAAGAAUUUGAAGAUAUUAAGUCAGGCUACCGAAUAAAUUUUUGUUUUGACAGCAAUAAUCCAUAUUUCGAGAAUGACGUUAUUUCAAAAGAAUUCCAUUUGAAUGAUACGGGAGAACCUUCAUCUAAAUCAACGCCCAUUAAAUGGAAGCCAGGAAAAGACUUGACCAAAAAAUCCAGUCAACCAGGCAAAGGUGGUCGCAAAAGAAACCAUGAGGAACAAGAAUCUUUCUUCUGUUGGUUUACUGAUCAUGGUGAUGCAGGAGCUGAUGAACUAGGGGAGGUGAUCAAGGACGACAUCUGGCCAAACCCUCUGCAAUACUAUUUGGCAUCAGAAGUAGAGGAGGAUGAAGGUAAUGCAGGAGAGGAUGAGGAAUUAGAUGAGGAAGGCUUAGAUGAUGAAGAAGGUGAAGAAGCAGAAGAUUUUGAUGAAGAAGAUGUUGGGGAAGAAGGAGAGGAAGGUGAAGGUGAUGCCGCUGAAGAUGAGGAGGAAGAAGAAGGCUAGUUGAAGUCAUUCACAACAUAACUGGUACUAUUGCAGUACUAAGUGUAGUAUUGACAGUUGCUAGUUUGUUACCAGCCUCACAAAGUGGUUCAGUAUCGACAUUCCUCCUGUGUUGACCCACUUCAGCCUCUGACUGUCUCUUGUAGUUUCAAGACAAAAGUAAUGUCUUCUCAUCUCCCCUAUUUUCAUUUUUCCUCUACUAUAUAUAUAUAUUUUUUCUUUUUUUUUCCUUUUUAAUUAUUAAUUUUUUUGUCAUCAAUAAACUGUCCAUCACUUCACUUUGGGCACCCUUUUAGAGUUGCUUUGUACUUUUGCUAAAAUGAAGAAAACAUUUCCCGCCCUUUCUUUUCAACACGUUUUGACCUCCUUCACGUUCAUUAAUUCAUCACAUUUCCAACAGGGGUUUCUCAAUAAAGGACAAAGACAUUCAGAUAUCUUCUCUUUUUUUUUUUUCCCUAUCCCCUUCCUUUCUCCAUUCAGUUUCAUCACUUCAUUUAUAAAGCAUUAUCUCUUUAAAACACUUGACCCAACUGUAUAUUGGCAUUUUUUGUUUUUGCCUUCUGAAGUUCUUAAACAUUCGACAGUAGUUUGUAUUUGAAGGUGAAAUGUUAAUUUUAGUUACUGCUUUUGUUGACACCAAGCACAGCUAAUUUGUCUAGUUUCUUCUGUUAUGGAUAUUUUUAUUUUUAAUGUCGUAAUUAAGAUAUUCACUUCAUUCAAUUGGAAUAUUUGGCUAGAGUUAAAAAAAAACAGUUGAUUACAUUUUAAAGAUUUAAGUUUAGGACAGCUUUUAGUUUCCGACUCAAACAAUUAUAACUUUGGUUUAUUUAAAAAUUCAGUUGAUACCAACUGAACUGGCAGCAACGAUUAUCCCCGUGAGACUCAAUAUUUUUUUAUAUGUCUAUACCAUGGAAAAGGUUUUUAAACAAUUGCUCAGUGAGCUUUUGCUUGUCAACUUAAUGAUUUGCAUUUAUAUAGAACCUUGUUUAUUGAUUUAUUGAAGUUAUUUUUAGCUAUAAAACCUUGUCAACUUUGGUGUUUUUUUAAAAUUAGUGUUUUCUUUCUUUUCUAGAAUAAUGCUAUUUGUAAUAAAACAUUUUACUUGUGUAUCAGUUGUUUUAGAAAUCAUUGUAGAACAAUGUGUGUAGUGGGUUUUCCUUUUUUUUCUUUUUUUUUGACAAUGUUUUUAAGAUUGUGUUAAGUUUUAUGAAUGUAGGGCGUACAUUAAUUGCUAAAUGAAAAAAUUUCCCAACUUCCAUGGGUUCAUCUUAAAUAUUUCUUGUACUUUUGUCUUUUUUUCCCUCUCCUUUUUUUAGUGCUCUUAAGUAAUUUAUACUUCUGCAUAGCAAAUAUUUUCCCAAAUCUGAUUUGUCAAUUGCUGGCUGCUACAUAUAACCAGGCAGUUUGUGAGGGUAAACUUGUGUUUUAUUCCAAUUUUCUCGUCUUCAAUGUAAAUGGGAUUAACAAAUUGACACCAAACUACUGUAUUUCUAAACUGAAAUAAACCGUUCGAUGCGACAACGGUGUUGGAUGAUUUCUGAGUAAUUUGAUGAAAUUAAAGAUUAAUUCUGCUAA